GGAUCUUGGCGGCAGUCGGCAACCGCAAUUGCCUUCCACAAUGUAUCCAAAACAAAAGGGUCUCCUCCUUCUUCCAUGGCAAGGGGAGGGAGGCUGUCUGCAUUAAACUCCUUAGAAGAACUUACAUAAGAUCAGCACAGUCCUUUUUAAAUAUACCCAUGAUAAAGAGAACGCCAUCAGCCAAUAAUCGAAGCAGACGAAGGAAGCUCAGCCAUGCUUUGAUCCUCUUGAUUGGUAUCAUUGCCUCUGCCUUUCUCGAACUGCCAGCUGUCGCACAAGAGCAGUGCAUUUCUCAGGAUGACAAGGAAUGCAAAUCCUCCAAAGAAUCCCCUAAUAAGAAGGUGAAUGAUUUGGUUCAAUCUUGGUUCAAGAGUAGAAGAGAAGGUCUGCAAUUCCUGCAGGACAAGGUUUUCGGACAAGGAGGUGGCGACGAUAAGGUCAAUGGUGCUCAGCAGCAGAAGAAACACAUGGAAGGUGGCCCUUUCUCGCAUUUGUGGAACACCCGAUCCUCCCGUCAAAAGCAACAAGAAACGGCCGAUCAGGAAUCCAAAAAACACGAACAAGAAGCCGAGCAUUUUCUGGGGGGUGUAGCGUCACUACUGAAUGCCGAAAGUACCACCGAUGCCUUUUUAAACUUGGUAAGUGGAUCCGAUGACAAUGAACGAAGUCAACGGACAUGGAUCGAAGUCAUCAAGAUUUUUAGGGAGCAUAUCAAAGAAGUCAAAGAGCAAGUGGAUCGGGCGUUUGGAGACCUGGGAUGGAAUCCAGUGGAGCACUUUAGACCCGUGUCGGCAUUUUAUCUGUUGAGAGAAGAGGAAGCCAGCAAAGGUCCCGUCUGGAAGAGGCGGCGUCAUCGAUUCUAUCCCAAACUGAAAGACGUGGAAGAUCUCAAGGAGUUUCAUAAUGCAUUGUAUUUGAGUGAGUUGAGUUACGUACACACGGUCCCUGCCGUAGAAGAAGGACUCCGGUUGUUUCAGAACGAUAGUUGGGCUCUUCUCUAUGCCACCUGUGACUCCUUGCCACAUGAGCCGGCACAUUUCAUUGCCAUUCGAAAGACGGCGUCUCCGAUUGCAACCACUGGUUUUGCGGAUCGCCUCAAGGGCAUUGAAAGCAUCUUGCCAUGGGAAGCGAAGAAGAAGUCGGAUGACUCUACUAAUAAAAACCGACAAUUCUCCUCAGACGAAGAUACUUUGGAAUUGAUCCUGGUGGUGAGGGGCACAAAGGAGCUUGGAGACAUUAUUUCGGAUGUUUCGUUUGAAGCUGUGGACUAUCGAGAAGGCAAGGCUCAUGGAGGAUUUCUGCAAGCUGGAAAGUUCUUGGUGGAUACGCAUGUCGAGAGCUUUCGUGAACUCUUAAAGUUAUCCGGGAGAAAACUCAUGAGGCUUACCAUACUCGGGCAUAGUCUCGGUGGUGGAGCGGCCGCCAUUGCUGCCAUUGAAUUCAACGACUACGAUUUCAUUGAAGCCUCUGCCAUUGGUUUCGGGUCCCCCGGUACCCUUUCCCCGGAACUUUCGGCGGCAUACCAGGAUAUCAUCACAACAAUUGUCUCGGAUGCAGACGUUGUUCCUAGAAUUGGUGUUACGAGUAUCAUUCACCUGCAUUUGCGCCUCAUGGCUCACUCGCCUGGUCCUUCACUCUGGGAGGAUGUUUCCGAGUUUGUAGAAGAUCUACGAACCAAGCUACCCAGCAAAGUGGUGGACGUUUUGCUGGGCGGCAAAGAAAAACUAAGCAACAAACUGGAGGAAAUGAUUGGACCCAAAAAGUACCCGCAUGUGGAGGCAUUGGAGGAAUUCUUGAAGAGCCAGGAGACCAACAGCAGUCAGAUCGGCUGCUGUGAACCACCGGGUACUUGUAUCCACUUUUUUCGUGACGGGAUCUCCUAUUCGGCUGCGUUCACGCCCUGUUCGUACUUUUCUGAGGUGGAAUUCGUUUCAACCAUGAUUGAUGAUCAUAUGGUGCGUGCCGGAUAUCAUCGUGCUUUGGUCACGCUAGCUCGGGAUCUGCUGGACGACCUCGAUUUUCGGUUCGAACACCAAGUGUUGCCGGACACUUCAUAGGACAGACGUGACCACGCUGUCACCCCACAAUUCAGUACGCACAGGCAGACAAGUCCCAAGGAAAUAGAACGCAAGAGGCAGACGGGAAAAAACAAUACAGGCUGCCUGUAGCAAAAGCAUAAUAUAGAAUCUCUAAAAAUCGUGUGUUUAUGCAUUC